AUGAAGUACUUGCAUAUUUUGUUGGCAAUCGCCUUGGUCGGAUCAGAGUCAUAUCUUGUUGGAGCCGAAGCACGGGAAUGCAUUGUUAACGGUGGGGAUGAGGACGUCUUGAUAAAUCUUGAGCUACACACCCCUGAACAACUUGAUUUAUUUGAAGGAUGUACGACGCUGAAUGGUAAUAUCAUCAUUCAGUCUGACUACGAAGGCGACUUUAUCCUCAAUGAUAUGACUGAGUUCCAUGGAAACAUCUCCACUGCCGAGGACAGCCCGAAAGGGCUCAGUCGGUUUGAGAUGCCUGAUCUUGAAAUGAUUGAAAAUAUCCAUCUCCUUGGCCUUUCUGGAGAUAUAUCUUUACCGAAGCUCGAGGUGGCAGGAGAUGUGGAGUUCGUUCAGUCGUCGGAUAGUGGGGCGAUCGAUUUGAGAUCACUGUCCGAGGCUAAUAGUUUGUCAAUCCGUGGAAGUUGGACAAGUACGGACCUCUCCUCGCUCCAAACGGUGACUGUGAGCUCUCAGUUCUGUGGCUCGCAGACUUGUGAAAUUUAUGGCGACGACAAAGUUUUCCCUUAUAUUGUUGUGGACCUACCAUCUCUCGAGAAGACGGAUUACUUUGAGAUCGCAGGGGCGGUGAAAAGUGUAUCUGUGCCAAAGCUGGAAGUGGUAGGGUACAUAGAACCAACCGAGCUUGUUCACAGCCAGGGGCUGUGGAUCAACAUCGAAGACGGCUAUGAUGAAAAACUUGAUUUCGACGCUCCAAAUCUCCACAUGCUAAACGGCACACUCGAGGUCUACGGUGGUGUAUCUAGCCUCAGCCUAGGCUCCUUGGGAAAGACGGACCUGCGCGUUAUACUGAACACAGAGACUCCUCUUGAGGUCUAUUCAACCAUUCAAACAGCAAUUUCUUUUUACAUCUGGGGCAAGCUAAACAGUGGUACUACUAGUAGUUCUGGCAACGCAGGGAGCAUGGGGGAGGGCAGCUUGAGUGGUAGUGCCACAGCGUCCGAGACGUCGACUCAGAGUAAGGAAACCGGCUCAAACAGCUCAGGCAGCACCGAUGUUGUGACUCAGGGAAACGGGGCUCACCGGACCUUUUCCAUAAAUUUUAUCAUCGGUGCUGUACCGCCGAUUAUAGCUAUCAUCUGGGCUUCUCUCUACUAG